AUGGAAAAAUUUCGAGCUUAUCUUGGGUCCCUGGCUGCGGGGGCGACAUAUGUAUCGCGUGCGCCCUCGAUUCCUGACCCUAGCCUUGGUAGCUCGUCCUCUCGUUCGCAUGGGCUUCUGGCCUCUCGAUAUUCUCUCCACGAUUUGGCUCGACGCAGUUUACCACUUUUGUUCUCGAAGGAAACGCAACGCAGCUAUCAUUUGGAUAUCAUGGGAGGCUGGGUGGAUCGCAUUAACAAUGCAGUCGCAAAGACGCGCUUUGGCUACCGGUUUCGCCUGGAAGGCUCCGGUCAUCGGCUGGAACGAAAGGAUUCGAGAUUUUCGACGGAGAUUCGUGCUGGUCUCACUACAUUUUUUGCAAUGGCAUAUAUCAUUUCCGUCAAUGCAACCAUCCUGACUGAUUCUGGGGGCACAUGUGUAUGCAACGAUCGUGAAGACCCCAAGUGCACAAAUAACAUCGAGUAUAAACUAUGUCUGAAUGUGAUCAGACGAGAUCUCAUCACGGCUACCGCGGCGAUUUCGGCCCUGUCGUCGUUUUGUUUGGGGCUGUUUUCGAAUAUGCCAAUUGCAUUGGCACCGGGAAUGGGUUUAAACGCCUACUUUGCAUAUAAUGUCGUGGGCUUCCAUGGUACGGGAACCGUCAGUUAUCGACUUGCGUUGACCGCGGUGUUUGUCGAAGGUUUUGUCUUCGUUGGAUUAUCUCUGCUUGGUCUACGCCAGUGGCUGGCUAGGGCGAUUCCAAGGUCUAUCAAGCUCGCAUCAGGUGCUGGUAUUGGAUUAUAUUUAACUCUUAUUGGAUUGACCUAUAGUGCUGGUAUUGGUGCAAUUACAGGAGACCAAAGCACCCCCCUAACACUGGCUGGCUGUGUCCCAGGUAUGAUGGGUAGUGACAAAACCUGUCCAUCCGGGGCGAAAAUGCGUAAUCCCACCAUGUGGAUCGGGAUCUUCUGCGGUGGUUUUGUAACGGCCAUCCUUUUAAUGUAUCGCGUCAAAGGAGCAUUCAUUGCCGGCAUUCUUUUAGUUUCAAUUAUUUCAUGGCCCCGAUCGACAGACGUCACUUACUUCCCUUAUACCCAGCAGGGCGAUGAUUCGUUUAAUUUCUUCAAAAGGGUGGUUACAUUCCAUAAGAUCGAAAAGACUCUCGCCGUUCAAGACUGGGAUCUUAGUAAUGCCGGCGGUCAGUUUGUUCUUGCCCUGGUCACAUUCCUAUAUGUCGAUAUCUUAGAUAUGACUGGGACCAUGUACUCAAUGGCUCGUUACUGUGGCGCCAUUGACGAAAGGACGCAGGACUUUGAGGGCUCAGCAAUGGCAUACAUCGUCGAUGCCCUCAGUAUUUCUAUCGGCUCGCUUUUCGGCUGUUCCCCAGUAACAGCAUUUGUCGAAUCUGGCGCCGGUAUAUCUGAAGGUGGUGCUACCGGUAUUACUGCCAUGGUCACGGGCCUUUGCUUCUUUAUUUCCAUAUUUUUCGCCCCUAUUUUUGCAUCCAUACCUCCUUGGGCAACAGGAUGUACGCUCAUCCUCGUGGGUUGUAUGAUGACCAAAGUCGCGGCGGACAUCAAUUGGAAGUACAUGGGCGACGCUAUACCAGCUUUCAUCUGCCUUGCUACUAUGCCUUUCACAUAUUCAAUUGCAUAUGGGUUAAUAGCUGGCAUAUUGACUUACAUCCUUCUGAAUACGCUGAUUUGGAUCCUCGAAACAAUAUCCAGGGGAAGGUUGAUACCAGAAAACAAGACAUUUAAAGAGCCCUGGACAUACAAGAUUGAAGGAGGGAUAUUGCCCGGGUGGCUAGUCAGGUUAUCUAAAGGAAAGAAAGAUUUCUGGCGCGAAGAAGUCUUGGAUACAUCUACUCCAGAAUCUUCAUCGUUCAAACAAGUUGAUGAACCUGUUGUUCCUGUCGAUAAAAAUAUUAUUCCCCCUCAGCAAGUGAAAAAUAACACCUCUGAGAAACAUGAUUAG